AUUAAGGAUAACAGCUUAAUUUCCUCUGAAUCAGGUGAACAUAUUCCGGACAUUAAGUCUUUGGAUGAAAGCGUUGCAAACGUACAAGAGUCAUCUAAAAGGGUUGAAGAGGUGCAAAUAGCGAAUUUCGAUUAUACAACUAGAAUCUGUUCUGGUGUAUUUGGAAGAGGUUAUAUACCAACUCAUAUUACAACUAUCAGAAUAUUUGGCAGCUUUGUUUCUAAUUCUUCACCAACACAUAAGCCAGUUGAGUUUUCUAAUUAUUCUACUCCUUCACCGCCUUCAAAUAUAUUGGAUCUAAAUAUACUGGAAACUUAUUAA